UUAGGAACUUCUCUUAUACCCGGUGGAGGGCCUCUUUCGGUUUUCAGUUUCUCUUUGCUGCUAUAUACUUUUCUCGCGUACCACGAAGUUGCUGUGCAUAUUUCCACUUCGUUGUCAUAAUUUACAGUUCCUCGAAGUAAGAGAUCGUGUUCCGUUAACCGAGAGAAAACGUGAUCCUAUAUUUCGAUACCACCGACAGUAGUAGAAUCUGAUCGUGAGUAAGGUACGAUUAGAGUCUUGAAUUUAUUUAGGCCCCGGUGAACGAGAUCACAUCGCUUUCCUAGUAAAAAAAUAUCCACGAGUCAAUUGACUCUUCUCUUAAAAAUCUCGAUGAGUCUGGAUCCGGUCAGCUUCAUCUCGAGAAAGAGAAGCAUCAGAAGUAUUAAACGAAUGUUUACUUUUCACGCCUUCGUAAAUUGUGUAACGACGCGGCGAUGACGGCGUCAAGAAACGUCGGAGGCGUCGGGAGCAUCAGCCAACGAGGUUCGAGUUUCAAUUACUCUGGUUAAUACGAAAAUCGCCCCAAGUGCCGUUGGUUAUGGCUCAAACGACGCUGCUACUUCGUAACGCGAUGUUUCGCGUGGAUCUUUUACUAAUUUUCUUAACUAUUUUCUCGAAGAGAAGCCUCUCGCUAUUGUAUCCGUCGCCCACGCAAUUUCAGAUCACAAUUGGGCUUUCAACCCCAAUCGAACUGAACAUCAAGAACCGAGCCAUGGUUUAUUCCUUGGGAUUUCAACUCCAGUACCUACUACCCUCUAAUUUGAAGGAUUUGCAGCCGAUCAUUAUUCCUGCAAGAUCAUCGCGUGAUCUGACGUUGCAAGAUACUUACGACACCAUCGAGGGCUUGUUCGGAAAGAACGAUGGGAGCGAAUGCCUUCUCAGAAGCAUCUGCGAGUUAGCCGAGACGCCGCUCGCUAGAAACGACCAGGACCUCGUCGAAGAAGUCAUCCACUUGCUUCUAACACCAUCGGAAGACCUGCCGGAGGCCUUUGAUUUCAAUCACCGGAGCGUUCACGAGAUGUACCACGAGGCAGAGAGGCUGGGCAGGAACGGCGAAGACUGCAUCUUGGCUUAUCCUGAUUGCAUCAAAUCGCCGUUGGAAUCGUUUACGGAAGUUUUACGGGCGAGCCAGCAAUAAAAAUCGAGUUAUUUCCCAUCGGAAUUGUUUAUCUAUAGUGAAGACGCGAGUGAUUGGUUUUUUUCGUUGUAAAGUACUGUAAUUGAAUAUUCACACGCUAAUAACCGAUGACUUCGAAUCGAUUGUAUUCUUUAAAUAUCUUUUCACUCUCAUUGAGUUUGUAAUUUCUCGUCGAUUAUUACGAUCAUUAUUUUUACAAUCGAAUUCUUUAAGUAAGAACAUGACUUUUGUACGAAAGCAGUGAACAUUCGAGAAAUAAAUCUGUAGAAAUGAA